UUCUUCAAUCAAAGAAAAAUAUUAUUCAUGGUUGGAUAAUAAGGGGGGGAGGGGAGAGAGAUCCUAGCCUCCAAAUGAUAUGUAGAGUGAAAUAGAAAAAGGGAUAAGAAAUGGAGAGAAAGAGGAGAGGAAGCUAACUUUGUGACACCCUGAAAAUGAGUAGAAUAUUUAUUUUGAAAUCUUUCAAUCAUGCCCUUCCCUUCCUCUUGCAAGUUGGUUAUGGGAUAAUCUUUUGAUGGCCUAGCUCAGAUGCACUGAAGGCACCACCAAAAUCCAGAUAGCUUCCUUUGUAGGUUAACAAAUUCAUUAAGGACGGAAAUAAAUAAGGAGAUGCCUUUUCAUUAUAGAAGCUUUUUCAAGACCUACAUCUGGUUGUUGCCUUUUGGUAAGGUUUAUAGUCCUGCUGUUAUCUGCUUCACCAUUUACUGGUUAUAUCACUAGAAUUGUCCUCCCAAGAAGAUGUCUUUUUUCAAUUUGUCAUGUGUUCCUAUCUUGAUAUCUUUGCAAUUACAGCAUGAGAUGGCAGUAGAGAGUGCAUGGAUUUUUGAUAUGGAUUGUUAUUAUCAAACUCUGAUUCUUGCUAGAAGGAUUUUUGUGAUUGGUGGGACACAUAUGCUCAAGAAGAUUAACUUGACUAAUCCAAAUCAAAAUGAAGACAUAAAACUUCCUUCAAAUACAAAAGCUGUUAAAGAUCUGUAUGUCUCCCCUUGUGGGAAACUUGUACUUUUAGCUUCGAUGGGUAAAAAAUUAUCAAUUACUAGCAUGGGCUGCAACAAAGUUGUCAUCAGUUAUAAUUUACCGAUUCGAGAUUUGAUAUGGACUUGUUUGGUAAUUUGGAGGGCCGAUGGUAGCUCAUUUUCUAUGUGGGCAAGUGAUGUGUACAAAAUACCUUUAAGAAAGAAAAGAAUUGGUCCAGGCAUUGCACAUAAGGAUAUAAAACUCUCUGAUCUUCCCAAGAUAACUCAGGCAUCUGGAGGCUCUUCAACUAUUAGCAGCAUAGCAUCUCAACACAGCCAUACCAGCUUCUUCUGA